AUGACCGCCAACGUGCGCGAGCCCCAACCCGUCCCCUCACGCUCCCCUUCCCCACCGGAGGACAUAGCCGCAGCAAUGGGCUUCUCCUCCUUCGGCGCGAAACCCAAACCCCCGAAGAAGAAACGCAGACUAGCCGAUCCGAACAGCGAGGGAAGCGGAAGCAACAACACGCCCCUGGGCGUGAGGACACGAACGCCGGCCGGGCAGCAGGCGAAGGAAGACGUCGAGCGAAAUCGGGGCCAAUCGACCGAGAUGGGCGUGGGUGGGGCGCAGAGUCAGGAACGGAGGCCAACUCAGGAGGAAUGGACCGGCCUGCCGAACCCGGACCCCCUCGCCGCCGCGGCCCUCGAUGAAACGGCCGCCAUGCUGCUCGAAACGGGCCGCUUGCCGCGGUAUCUCGACUGGGAUGAGGGUCGUGUCGAGGGCGGGCGGCGUGAUGAUGGAAUGUGGCGGGUUGGAGGGGAUGCGGGGGAGGGGAUGAGGAGGCAGGGGAAGAGAGGGGACGGGGAGUGGGAUUGGCAGGCGUUGAGGAAGGGGGUGGUGGUGGAUGAGAGGGGGGAUGUGGCGUUUUACGAUGGGAGUUUUGUGGAGGAUCCUUGGAGGGGUUUGGGUGGUGGGAUGGGGGAGGGGAGGUGA